UUUCUCAUCGUCUCCAUUGUUCACAAUUCUGAACUCUGUGUUCAUUUAUAUCGAAGCCGAAGAAGUCUUUAGUUUCAUCCCCUUUCUCUUAUUACAUUUUUUUUGCCUUGUACCCCGAGGCUGAGCGUGGAUCGCCAGUAUUUGAUCGCUCGAAGAAUCGAUUAAGCAGCUGUGACGGCGGCGGCGGGGGGUUUACAGUUGUGGUGGAUUUCAAGUUGGUUAUUGGGGGAAAGAAAGAGAGAAACAUGGAUAAAAUUUGUUAACUUUAUUAUUUAUAUUUUUGGGAAGGUUAAGGUGUUGGUAAAAAGGGGGAUUUUUCAUAAGAUUUGAGCGGGUUUUUUUUUUAAUUUUAGAGAUGUUGACCUUAACCGAUGGGCUUUGAAGUAAUAUGGAACUGUUUGUUACAUGAGAACAAGAUGACACUUUACAUUGGUCGCGAAGCUUCAAAGUUGUGGAAGAGAAUUUGUUCAGAAACAACUACAGAGAUCAACCUUCUUCUUGACAAUUGGAAAUACCUUCUUGCCGGCCUAGUUUUUCAGUAUAUUCAUGGUCUAGCUGCCCGAGGAGUUCAUUAUUUACACCGGCCAGGGCCAACACUUCAGGAUCUUGGUUUCUUUCUUCUUCCAGAGCUUGGGCAAGAUAAAGGCUAUAUCAGCGAGACAUUGUUCAGCUGCAUCUUUUUAUCAUUUUUAUUGUGGACUUUCCAUCCUUUCGUCUUCAAGAGCAAAAAGAUCUACACAGUUCUAGUUUGGUGCAGGGUGCUAGCAUUUUUAGUUGCUUCUCAGUUUCUCCGAAUCAUUACAUUCUAUUCUACUCAGUUACCUGGUCCAAAUUAUCAUUGCCGAGAGGGUUCAAAGCUUGCCAGGUUGCCGAAACCGGACAGUGUGCUUGAAGUGCUCAUAAUUAAUUUUCCUCGAGGUGUAAUAUAUGGUUGUGGUGACUUGAUCUUUUCAUCGCACAUGAUCUUCACCCUGGUCUUUGUGCUCACCUAUCAGAAAUAUGGCACACAAAGGUGUAUGAAGCAGUUAGCUUGGUUGGUUGCUGUUGUUCAAAGUCUCUUGAUUGUGGCAUCCCGCAAACAUUACACAGUUGAUGUUGUUGUUGCAUGGUAUACUGUUAAUUUAGUGGUAUUCUUCAUAGACAAGAAACUGCCAGAAUUGCCUGAUAGAACCAGUGGAAAUUUACCAAUAUUGCUACCAUUAAGCACUAAAGACAAGGAGAGUAAGACCAAAGAAGAGAACCAGAAGCUCUUGAAUGGGAAUUCCGUAGACCCCGCAGAUUGGAGACCGAGAACUCAAGUUAAUGGCAAGGUUCUGGAAGAUGCAAAUGGAAUCCACGUCGAUACUGCAAUGAAUGGUGCAUAGAUGAUGGAAGCUGCUUUUACCAUCGUAACUGUGCCGGCUUGAUUCCUUUUAAUCUCAGAUGAAAGGCUUAGUGCUUUCGAGUACUGGUAAUUUGAUUUGUAUUCUUAAGGAAAACAGAAAUUUGAGUAGUGCACUUGUACAUUGUGCUGUCCUCCCGUGUCUUGGUUAAAGUCAUCAGCCAACAUCAUCAGCAUCUAAAUAUAUCAUGGAAUUUUCCAAGUUCCUAUUGCCACUGCCAUUCUCUUUCUUAUGUUGAUAGUUGUUGGAAUACUGGUUUUUUUCUCUCAACAACGUCGAAUGCUUAAAAUGUAAUUGUUCUCUCAAUGCCGAAGGCUAUUGAGAUAAACUACUUUUUU